GGUAGCCGGUUGCUCUCAAAGGUUGGUUCCUCGCCCGUGGCCUCCUCCAUCCAUUUCAGUAUAAAAAGUUGCACACCCUCCUCCAAAGGUCCAAGCUAGCCGUGAAAGCAACGAAGUCCUACUCCAUCCAUCUCAGAUUCUCAGCUCAGUUUGUUUUUUCCUUGUGGAGCUUCGAUUCUCAUCUCCGUCGUCGUCGUCGUCGUCACCUAUGGGGCCUCAGCAAGAUCGGUCCACGGCGAACGGCGCGGCGGCGAGGAAGCCGGAGACCAAGGUGGUGCACUACAGGGAGUGCCAGCGCAACCACGCGGCGACCAUCGGCGGGUACGCCGUGGACGGGUGCCGCGAGUUCAUGGCGUCGGGGGCGGAGGGCACGGCCGCGGCGCUCGUGUGCGCGGCCUGCGAGUGCCACCGCAGCUUCCACAGGCGCGAGGUGGAGGCCGAGUGCGACUGCUCCUCCACCACCUCCGGUUGAUCAAUCAUACCAGUGCUCGAUCUCUUUGCGCAUGUGAGCUGAUUGAUGGGUGAGGUGAUCGAGAUCAUGGCAUGGGGGCCGGGCAUUGAAAUGAUUUGGUAGGUGCGGUGCAUUCAACCAAUUAUGGACCGAUAGAUAUUUAUUUUCUUCCUUUUCCCCCUCUUGCUCUUGGAUUUUCAGUGAGAUUUAUGUGCCAUGUAACAUAUGUGUUGGUCGUUCGUAUAUGUGCUUGUAAGUGUUGUAACUGGCCUCUCUCUCUCUCUCUCUCUCUCUCUCUCUCUCUCUCUCUCUCUCUCUCUCUCUCUCUCUCUCUAUCUGUAGAUAUAGUCGAGUGAUUGCCCUGUUACAGAAAUGGACAUCUUAUAUUUCUCAGA